AUGGAACUCAAAGACCUCAAAUAUUUCAAUGUAUCUUUUAAUAGAUUACAAGGUGAAAUUCCAUCCGGGGGUGCUAUUGCUCAAUUCUCAGCUCAAUCAUUCAUGGGCAAUAAAGCAUUAUGUGGUCCACCCAAACUACGAGUUCCACCCUGCAAAACAAGUAAUAUUGGACAAUCAAAGAAAUCCACUGCAGUUGUAGUAUGGUACAUUCUACCAACAAUAAUAGCAACAAUACUUGCAUUAGUACUCUUAUUUGUUUUGAUGAGACAUAGAAAGAGAGGUGCAAAACCAGAAGGUCAAGGAGAUUUGUUACCUCUAGCAACAUGGAGAAGAAUAACAUACUUAGACCUUGAACGAGCAACAGAUGAAUUUAGCGAAACUAACUUAGUUGGGAAAGGGAGUUUUGGCUCGGUGUACAGAGGGACACUUUCAGAUGGGACUAAUGUUGCAGUAAAGGUUUUUAAUUUGAAUAUAGACGGAGGGUUUAAGAGUUUUGAAGUUGAAUGUGAUGUAUUGUGCAGAAUUCGCCACCGGAAUCUUGUGAAAAUCAUUAGUAGUUGUAGUAGCAUUGAUUUUAAAGCUUUGGUACUAGAAUACAUGCCAAAGGGGAGCCUUAAGAAGUGGUUGUAUUCUCAUAACCACUUCUUGGAUAUGCUACAAAGAUUGAACAUCAUGAUAGAUGUUGCAUCAUCAUUGGAGUAUCUCCAUCAUGGUUGUCCUUUACCUGUUGUUCAUUGUGAUUUGAAGCCUAGCAAUAUUCUACUAAACAAAGAUAUGGUUGCACAUGUGAGUGACUUUGGUAUUUCAAAAUUAUUAGGCGAUGAAGAUUCUAUGACUCGAACCAUGACGCUAGCCACUAUCGGUUAUAUGGCACCAGGUGAUUUGGAUUGUAUGUUGUCCAUUAUGGAAUUGGCUAUGGAUUGUUCAAAAGAGGCACCUGAAGAGAGGAUAAACAUGAGAGAUGUCAUAACAACACUCAAAAAUAUUAAAUUGAAAUUUCUAAAGGAUGUCCGAGAAGAUUGA